AUGCCAGUGGAUCACGCAAAAGAUGGUGCAGACACGAAUGGCAAGAAGAAGAAAUAUACAAAACAUUUGAAUGAUACUAGUGACAGACGGCGAGCGAGAAGCUCGAACCCCCUCCGAAGAGGCAUACAAGACUUCAUAGCAGCACACAUCUCCCCAGAUCUGCUUUCCAAGCAUGGCUUGCCGCCAGAGAACCUGGAGCCAGCGCUUCCUAAGCGAUUCACUGUGUAUGAACCAUUGCUGCUGCUCCCUGUCAAUGCACUGAGCGAUCCUCCCGCUUGGGGUGCUCUCUACGCGAGCCUGGAUAGCCAGCAGCGCCAGGCUCUCUAUGGAUCCAUUGCCAAGGCAUUCGGCCGUGUGGGCGUUACACACGUCGCUAUGAAUGCACCUAUUGCUCUCACAAACACCGAAGGGCAGGAGAACAGGAUGCGCAGCCCCGCGGGGCUCAUUCCUCUCUACGGCGACUUCGGUCCUGCACCGUCUGUAGAUGGUGAGGAUGCGCAGCCGACGGAGGCGGAUCUGCAGCGCGCGUUCUGGGUGCGAACCAUGCAGAACCAGGGCAUUGUGCAGACCUGGGCCCCGCUGUACACGAUGUUCUCUCGAGGUAACAUCACCGAGAAGGCUCGGAUAUUGGGUCAAGGUGGGGUGUUUGAAGGGCUAGACGCGGGCACGCUGGGCGGUGAAAGAGUAGAAGAUGUCAGUGUGGUCGAUAUGUAUGCCGGCAUUGGGUACUUUGUUUUCUCGUACCUGAAGAGAGGAGUAAAGAGGGUCUGGGGCUGGGAGAUCAACGGUUGGUCUGUGGAAGGGCUGCGAAGAGGGUGUGCAGCAAAUGGAUGGGGAUGUAGAGUGGUUCAGGUGCAAGGUGACGGUUCACUAAGUCAAUCCAUCCCGGAAUUGGUUGACAAUCUUCAUGAUUCGGAACGAGUGGUCGUCUUCCAUGGAGACAAUAGAUUCGCCGUGGACGUCCUGAGCGAGCUCAAAGGAAAAUUAGAGGGCCGAAAUGCUUGGAAUAGUAUCCGGCACGUUAACUUGGGACUCCUCCCUUCAUCUAGCGGUUCCUGGGGUGAUGCUUGCAAGAUGAUCGACCUGCAAAAGGGAGGAUGGAUCCACGUCCAUGAAAAUGUCGACAUCCGAGAGAUCGACUUGAUGAAGGACCGGAUUGUUUCUGAGAUUGGGAGGUUGAGAGCCGAUGUCCUACCGGACUCUGCAGAAGACCAUGUGGGAUGCCCACAUAUCGAGCAGGUUAAGACAUACGCGCCAGGGAUUAUGCAUUGUGUUUUCGAUAUCAAGCUGUCUUCUUUGAGCGGAGCUCGUCUCCCGGACCCGAGCUGA